AUGUCCGAUUUGAUACAGACAAUUAACUCGGAAGAUGAAAUCGAUUACUUGGACGAUUCUGAGGAUGAAUUCCAAGAAAAAGUGUUCACAAAGAAAGACCGAGAAGAAAUGAAUCCAUUCAACUCAGAAUUGGAAUUUAACGAAGAGGAUCCUUUCUUGGAUCCGAUCGGCUUCGAUUCCGGUCUUUCGAUGGCGAAGAAGAAGAAGAAGCGAACAACUCUGCAGGAGAAAAUCAAUAAGGUUCUGAAUGAUGAGGCGCUCACGCAGCCCGUAGACGACGGCAAUAAAAUGGACACGACAAUCGAAGCUUCUGGCGAAGAAAAAAUAACUGCCGAAGACGACGAUGUUAUUGAAGACGACGAGCUACCCGCUGUUGUUGAUUCGGUGAAGGAACGACAGACAACAAUUAAAAAGAAAGCAACAGAGACGGACGAGUUCUUCGAGAAUUGGGUGAAACCAGACGACGAGGACGAAAAAGAGUCGUUUGCUGACUAUGGCUUCGAAAGAAAACUUCUAAAGGCGCUUGCGAAUGUAGGCUGGACAUCGCCUACUCCGAUUCAAAAGGCUUCCAUUCCUGUUGCUGUAACUGGAAGAGAUAUUUGUGCCUGUGCCACCACUGGGUCGGGAAAAACUGGUGCUUUCGUCUUGCCGAUUCUUCAGCGAUUCGCGCUUCGUGAUCCAGGCAAAGUAGAAUCAUGUACGCGGGUUUUGGUGCUGCUACCAACGCGUGAAUUGUGCGUACAAGUUUUUGCCGUCUUCCGAAAGCUAGUGGCAGAGCUUGAGAAUGUAACCGUCGCCUGUGCUGCAGGUGGCUUAGAUUUGCAACAGCAGACGCAACUUCUGCGCCGCGAUCCCGACAUUUUGGUCGCCACUCCCGGACGUCUUAUUGAUCAUCUCCACAAUACUCCGAAUUUUUCUCUGCAGGAAAUCGAAAUCUUAGUUCUCGAUGAAGCAGAUCGAAUGCUCGAUGAGUUCUUCGCCUCUCAGAUGAAAGAAAUUUUAUCUCAAACUUCUAAGCACCGCCAGACAAUGCUCUUUUCUGCUACAAUGACAGAAAGUGUUCAAGAGCUUACUGAUGUAGCUCUAACGAAACCGAUGAAGAUCUUUAUUUCCUCGAAUACUGAUGUAGCUGAUGGCCUCGAGCAGCAGUUCGUCAGGAUUCGGCCUGGACGAGAAGGAGACAGAGAAGCGAUCGUGGCAGCCCUUCUGACCCGCUCUUUUCCGCGAUUUACUCUUCUCUUUACGCAGACUAGGAAAAUGGCUCAUCGUAUGCACAUUCUCCUCGGUUUGCUCGGAUUGAAAGUGGUUGAACUUCACGGUUCUAUGUCUCAAACUGCUCGACUCGAAGCGCUGGCGAAUUUCAAGAAUGGAACCGCUCACAUAAUGGUUUGUACCGAUGUGGCGGCGCGUGGUUUAGAUAUUCCCAGUGUACGGACGGUCAUCAAUAUGACUCUUCCAAAUAAUUACAAAAGUUAUGUUCAUAGAGUGGGAAGAACUGCAAGAGCAGGAAAACAAGGAAGAUCGAUUUCUCUCGUUGGCGAAUCUGAAUGGAAAAUUUUGAAAAUGAUCAUCAAGGCGAGCAAAACAAGCUGCAAAACUAGAACCGUAGCGGCAGAAGUCGUCAGCAAUUUUAAAACGAAAUUGAACGAGUACGAGACGAAAGUAAAAAAAAUUAUUGACAUGGAAAAUGAAGAAGCUGCUUUAGCUGCCAUUGAAAAUCAAGUCAACGCGGCGAAGAACAAGCUGGAAAACGGACCAAAAGAAAAACGUGGCUGGUUCCAGACAAAAUACGAACGUGAAUUGGAAAAAGCCGACAGAAUGUUGGACGCGCACUCGGGCAUCAAGAAUAGAAACACGAGAGGCAAGCAGAAGAACAAAAUCGACACGAACACAGCAGAGGGCAGAGCUCAGCUGGAAAUGCAGAAGGCAGAAGCCUUCAGACACCGAGAGCAGAAACGCGCAAAGAAGGGAAAUAGAUUGAGAGCUCUUGGCUCUGAGCAAGUGCAAAAAGAAAAAUUGGAAUCCCGCGAGAAGAAACUUGCACGUAAAGAUGGAAAAAAGAAACGCUCUGGUUUUGCGCGAGACUUGGCAGAUGUGAACCAAAAAGCCGUCAAGUUCCACAGAUACGUCAAAGAUCAGGACCGCUCGAAAAAAGACAUGGAAGUCGACGAGCUCAGAAGAAUGCUGGUAGAAGAAUUAGCAGAUGAUCUGGUGCGCUCGAAGAGCUUCAAAAUAUUGCAAGACGCUAUUCUCGAUAUCGCUUCCAGUUCCGAUCUGAAUUUACUUGAUGACCAAGAAAAAUUAAUCGAUCAUAUUCUUCGAAAGGUUGUCGGGGAGAAUAUUGAAACGCAUUUCCUCAACGAAAUCUAUUCUCAUCUGUAUGGCUAUAAACAGAUCUCCUCAACCGAAACUUCGUAUUUCCCUGACGAGCCGGACUGGAUCAUCUCAGGUAGAAUAAAAUGGCUUCGGAGAGUAUCAAAGGGACUGGAAAAGAUCUCGACGGAGCUUAAAAUUCCAAGUGUUCGCAAACGGUCGCCCGAAAUGGCGCGUGAAUUCAAUCGUAAAUGGACUGAGAUCUCGACGAUCCAGCAAAACCUCGAAGGCAUAAAACCGAUUUACGCUCCUAGGGAGCUUUACGAAGCGUGUAAAAUGUGCGUUGAAGAAGCUAACGCCGGCAAGGAAAAUAUUCCUCUGGGCGAAAUGCCGGCUCCUGUAAAGCUACGCACCCUCGAAGACGCCCGGGAUAUCUUUUGGACGGCACAGACGACAGCUGUGUCUGACAAAUCGAACUGUAUACAGGCGCGUAGUAUUCUAAAAGGAUUGAAGUACAACGGAGAAUCCCGCGGUGAUCUCUGGAAAGCUUCUCUUCAAGUCGAACCAACGGCGGCCGAUCGAGCGAACUACGAGCUCCUGCGACGCCAAGUGUCGGAAUUUGAAUACGUAUCAGACAAGCUCCUGCUCAAUGACGUUAGAACCAACGCCGGAAACGACGAUUUUUACUUUGUUUUUGUUGAUUACAUCCUCCAAUGCUUAAUGAUUUUUUCAAGAGACGAAUCCAACGCCAGAAUAAAACAAACUGCGGCUGAAGACGACGAAAGAUACCCGCCCUCGAAGGUGCUGCCUUUCUAUGGCUUCUCAUUUUUUGUGGCACCUAUUUGCUUUCUCUUCUCUGAUCCCGUAAUUCUCUACGCAGUCUUCCGCAAAAUGUACCUGAGAUAUUUUAUUAGACUUCAUUCUAUUGCUGAAGCUCCGUUUCAUGACCCAGCUUACAAAUAUAACGAACAUUCCUCUGGCAGCGCGCACUUCGUCGAAGAUCUCUCAUCAACAUCAGAAGACCAAGAGCUGCAUUCUCCAGAUAACAAACAAAUAGAUCAUGGAAUAAUCGGACUGGCACAUCAAUUCGAGUAUUUUUUCAAGCAGCGCGACCCCGCCCUUUUCAGGCAUCUACACGACAUUAAUUGCAGACCCGUGUUAAUAUGCUUUCGCUGGCUUGUGAAAGGGUUCUCUGGUGUAUUGCAUGUCUCCGAAGUAUUGCGCCUUUGGGACUUUAUUGUCGGGCACGACUCGUUAGAAAUUUUAUCGGUAUUUUCGGUUGGCGUUUUCCUUGUCAGGCGUCAAUUUCUACUCGGCUGUGGCGCCUCCGUUGAUGCAGAAGCCAUCCUUAGCGAUCUAUCGACUCUCAAGGUGAAGCCAGUUCUGGAGCUCGUUUUCAGUGGUCGUUUUGCGUGA